AUGUUGGGUGUGAUUGUACCCUUGAUUUGUAUGUAUAUCCUUGCUUUUGAUUCCCUGUCGUCAUCAGUUUUGGUAUUUGCUGAUCAGGCCUUUUGGCCCUCCCUUGUGAUGAAGAAGUGGUUAAACAUAAAGCCAAAGGUGUAUGAUUUUAGUGAAGAUGAAGUGGACACUGAAACUGAGAGUGAAGAUGAUGAUGCAUCUUAUAAGGGCUAUAAGAUCGGACAUAGAAGAGGGAAAUCAGAAACUCUGCGUGUUCAAUACAUAAAUACAAAGGAAGUGAGGUCUGGUGGUAACCAAGUUCUUUAUGAUUAA